AUGAACACAACCGAGCAGACGGGUGGACCAGGCUGGAAGGUGCCACUGGGGAGGAAGGACUCGCAAAACGCCAGCUUGAGCGGCUCCAGCAAGCUCAUCCCUGCUCCAAAUGACACUCUCUCCACCAUCACCACCAAGUUCCACAACCAGGGUCUCAACAUCGUCGACCUCGUCACGCCCUCAGGGGCACACACCAUCGGCGACGCACGCUGCGUGAGCUUCCGGCAGCGGCUGUACAACCAAAACGACGACGGGUGGCGCCGCCCCGACCCAACGCUGAACCCGGUGUACGCCGCGAAGCUGAAGGGCCGGUGCCCGCGGUCCGGCGGCGACCAGAACCUAUUCGCACUCGACCCUGUCGGCCAGUUCCGGUUCGACAACCAGUACUACAAAAACAUCUUAGCCUUGAAAGGCUUGCUCAGCUCCGACGAGGCCCUGCUGACGCAGAGCCACGAGACCAUGAAGCUUGUCAAGAGCUACGCCGCCAACAAUGGUCUCUUCUUCCAGCAGUUCGCCAAGUCCAUGGUCAAGAUGGGCAACAUCUCGCCGCUGACGGGGUUCAACGGCGAGAUCAGAAAGAACUGCAGGAGGGUCAACCGCUUUCAAGACUCUAUUCGAAGCUGGUGA